GAGCCACAUAUUCGGUUGUUCGUCAAGGUCGUUCCUUUGGAAAUGCAUUCAGAUUUUGAAGCAUCAACGUCAUCAAUCAACCGACAGAGUCAUCCGCCCGCCGUGUUUCAUCCACAAAAUGCCUCACUGCCAUUUUCAGUACAUAAUACCUCGCUCUCAGUUCCUCUUGCACUCUUUGCCCCACGACAUCCCGUAUAAGCGAACCCCAAGUGAACCCAUUCUUCGUACUCUAUAAAGUACUCGGUCCACACCUUUCAUUUCCCAAAAGAAUGGACCCCCCAGCCUCAAGUGCUAUGGUGACCGUCGUUCACAUCGGAAACCUUCACUGCACCAGCUGUGUGCGAGCUCUUGAGGAGACUCUGACCGCCCUGUUUCCCCCGCCCCAGACCGUCAAAGUUUCGGACGACUUCAAGUCCGUUUCUGUGCAUCAUUCACUCGAGCUGUCCACCAAAGCCAUCCAGGACGCCAUAUCCAAUGCUGGUUUCGAUGUUAUUCAUCCAGACUCGUCGCGGCCUCGCCACCCUCGACAAUGUGCCUCGUGUCAACAACAAAAAAGUUUAACCUCGGAAAAGGCUUCUCCCUCAUCCCAGUUCAAAGCCUUAUUCUCCGUCUCGGGUAUGACGUGCGCGGCGUGCAGGAACUCUAUAACUCGCGCUCUCGAGGAUGUUCCGGGCGUAUCCCACGCUGUCGUCAAUCUCCUCGAUAAUUCAGCAACCGUUGUGCUGGACCGUGAAGAUCUCGCCUCUCAAGUCAAAGAGGCCAUCGAGGACGGCGGCUUUGAGGCCGUUCUCGUAGAGCUCAAGCCUUUGCCUUCAUCCACAUCCACCACCACCACUUCGUCGGAAGCGCCCCAAACAGUCUCUCGAACGGUGACCUUGCAAAUACUAGGAAUGUAUUCCUCAAAGUGCCCUACUCGGGUAAUGGCCAGUUUGGAAAAGCUAGGCUCAUCCAUCACGGUGACCAAGCCGUUGAACGAUUCCUCGGACCCUCUCCUCACCUUGUCGUACGAGCCCAAGCCACCAAUGUUCACGAUACGUCACAUCAUAGACGCAAUCGUAUCCCAAUCUCCAGAGUUCACCGUCAAAGUUUACCAUCCUCCGACUAUCGAAGAACGGUCUCGAAACAUUCGACUCCGUGAACAACGCCGUCUCUUAAUCCGUCUCAUUGCCACCGUGAUCAUCGCCAUCCCGACCUUCAUUCUCGGUAUCGUAUACAUGUCCCUGGUAAAACCCCACGACCCAGUCAAGAUGUACCUGAUGGAACCAAUGUGGGCUGGAAACGUCUCCCGUUUGGAAUGGGCUUUGUUCAUCAUGGCUACACCUGCCAUGUUCUACGGCGCCGAGUUGUUCCAUCGAAAGAGCAUCAUCGAGAUACACGUCCUGUGGAAGAGAGGGAGCACCGCGUCGUUCCUUGAGCGGUUCACUCGGUUUGGGAGCAUGCCUCUCCUCGUGUCCGCUGGCGUAUCCGUUGCUUAUUUUGCCUCGAUUGCUCUACUUGGUCUCGCUGCGGCACAACCUCCUGCGACGAAUGGAAAUGGUGAUACCACGACUUAUUUCGAUUCCGUUGUGUUCCUGACUAUGUUUCUGCUCGGUGGUCGGUAUCUCGAAGCCUACAGCAAAUCACGCACUGCGGAUGCUAUCAACGCAUUGGCGUCCCUACGCCCUGCAGAGGCUCUCAUCGUGAUACCUUCCUCCGCUAACACCUCAUCUUCGUCGACCUUCACCCUCACUCCCACUUUAUCCUCAAAAGAAAUCGACCUUGAGAAAGCUGACCCAGACACUUCCGCUACUCUCCCCUAUUCUGCUGCGCCUGGGUGGAAAGUGGAAAAAGUCCCGGUUGAUUUGCUUGAAGUGGGAGAUACCGUCCGGGUACUCCAUGGAUCCACGCCACCCGCAGAUGGGACUAUCGUUCCGGGCGAAAAUGGUCUCUUCGAUGAGAGUUCGCUGACAGGGGAAUCGCGACCGGUCAAAAAAGCCUCAGGAGAGCAUGUUUUCUUGGGGACGAUCAAUAAAGGCAAUGUCGUGCAUGUCAGUGUUGUUGGAGUUGGCGGACAGACUAUGCUGGACAAGAUAAUGAAAGUCGUUCGAGAAGGCCAAGCCAGACGGGCACCCAUGGAGAAAAUUGCCGAUUUGAUAACGGGGUAUUUCGUUCCUGUGAUUACGCUUUUGGCACUCUUGACUUGGGUUAUAUGGCUUUCGCUUGGUCUGUCGGGACAACUUCCUGCUGAUUACCUGGAUGCAGAGAUUGGUGGUUGGCCUGUCUGGUCGUUGGAAUUUGCCAUCGCAGUCUUCGUCAUCGCUUGUCCCUGCGGUAUCGGUCUCGCGGCUCCUACGGCGUUACUUGUUGGAUCUGGACUAGCAGCCAAACACGGAAUACUAGCACGAGGAGGUGGCGAAGCCUUCCAAGAAGCUUCCCGCAUCAACACGAUCGUGUUUGACAAGACGGGGACGUUGACCGCAGGCGAACUAGAGGUAACAGACGAAGUGUUCUGUGCACGCGAUACAUGGGGAGACGACAAUGUCAUUCUUAGUCUGGUUCGGGAUAUGGAGAGUAAUAGUUCUCAUCCGUUGGCCACUGCGUUGCACAAAUAUUGUUCCAAGAAGAUCUCGAAUUCGAAUCCGAAUCCGUCGGGUCUAGGUGGCAGUGGGUCGUUUGAGGAGACUGCUGGAAGGGGGUUGAAGGCUGAUUUUGCGGAGCCACGGUGUACUAUGAUCAUCGGGAAUGAAGCAUGGAUGAAAGAUCACGGCGUCACCAUUAGCGAGGAGUUACUCGUCCAAGUCGAUCGAUGGAAUACCGAGGCCAAAAGCACCGUCUUCGUUGCCGUCACCGUCGUUGGGACCGAGGUUGAGUUUCGGCUUGCUGUCAUAUUCGCGAUUGCAGAUACGAUCAGAGAGGAGGCUUUCGCUUUGGUUGCAUGGUUUAAGCGAAGAGGUAUCACUCCUUGGAUGCUUUCGGGAGAUCGAUUGAAGACGGCGUUGGCUGUUGCGAAGCAAGUUGGAAUUUCUCCUGAGAAUGUUAUUGCAGAGGUGCUUCCACAGGAAAAGGGAGAAAGGAUAGAAUGGCUUCAGAGAGGAGGACCCUCUGAAAAAGAAAGCCGGCGGAUAGUGGCUAUGGUUGGAGAUGGGAUAAAUGAUUCCGUUGCUUUGAGUCUUGCUGACGUGGGGAUUGCUAUUGGUUCAGGAAGUGACGUCGCCGUUUCUAGUGCCAGUUUCAUUCUGUUAAACCCAGAUCUGCGUGGACUCGUUACUCUGGUUGACUUGUCACAGACAGUCAUUCGGAGGGUGAAGUUCAAUUUUGCUUGGGCGUUGUUUUAUAAUAUGGCAGCGCUACCUAUUGCCGCCGGAGUCAUUUAUCCUGCAGGACAUGUACGUCUGGAUCCGGUGUGGGCCGCUUUAGCGAUGUGUUUGUCCUCUGUUUCUGUCGUUUGUAGCUCGUUGUUGCUGAGGCUUUAUCGGGCGCCUAAGAACAAGUGUUAGGACGUACGUAGAGAACCACGCUCUUUUUCCCCCUUCGCUCUUUACAUAGCGUAUAUACGAUAAUUUAUAAACGUGUCGUUACUGGGUGGCUAUAGACUAACCAGAACCAGUC